AUGGCUGAAGUCCAAGAGCAUCUAAAGGCGCUUAGCCGAGACUAUGUGUGCGAACCGUUCCUAGAGUAUCGAACCGUGUCUGGUGUCGCUGGUCCCUUGGUCAUUUUGGAAAAAGUGAAGGUGUUGAAAACGCCCGUGUCCAUCGACAUGCUUGGUCGCAUUUUCAACGGAUCUGGCAAACCCAUUGAUGAUGGGCCUCCCAUUCUUGCCGAAGCAUAUCUCGACAUUGCCGGCAGUUCCAUCAACCCCAGUGAGCGAACAUAUCCCGAAGAAAUGAUCCAGACGGGUAUUUCGACCAUCGACGUCAUGAACUCGAUCGCUCGCGGACAAAAGAUUCCCCUCUUUUCCGCCGCUGGUCUUCCACACAAUGAAAUUGCUGCACAGAUUUGUCGGCAAGCAGGCCUUGUGAAGCCGUUGGAGAAGAAGGAUGAUCUGCUGAAGGACGAUGAGGAAGAUAACUUCGCCAUUGUGUUCGCCGCUAUGGGAGUUAACAUGGAGACUGCUGCGUUCUUCAAGCGAGACUUCGAAGAGAAUGGCUCCAUGGAGCGUGUGACGCUUUUCCUCAACCUGGCCAACGACCCUACCAUUGAGCGCAUUAUUACUCCUCGUAUUGCGCUUACAACCGCUGAGUACCUUGCCUACGAGUGUGGGAAGCACGUGCUUGUGAUCUUGACGGACAUGAGUUCAUACGCUGAUGCGCUUCGUGAGAUUUAUCCUCCGAUCAACGUGUUGCCGUCUCUGUCUCGUCUUAUGAAGCUCUAUGCCAACUACGCCAUUGGUCGUGAUGUGCAAGCCAUGAAGGCUGUUGUUGGAGAAGAAGCUUUGUCAUCUGAAGAUCUGCUUUACUUGGAGUUCCUGGACAAGUUCGAGCACAGAUUCGUCACCCAGGGAGCCUACGAUGCUCGUGACAUCUACCAGUCUCUGGAUCUCGCAUGGACCCUUCUGCGCAUCUUCCCCCGUGAGAUGCUUCGUCGUGUAUCACCCAAGAUCCUGGAUGCCUUCUACAGCCUCGAGUACUCGCCGUUUUUCGGGAUCGAGAAGGGCUCCGUUCUACAGGAAGCUCGUGUAUUCAAUGACCCGCAGCUGGAUCCCCGGAGAUGCGCACAGGUUAUCACCAAGCUGCUCUAUUUGCUCAAUCAAGGCGAAACUUUCACAAAGACGGAAGCGACGGAGGUCUUCUUUUCCGUCACCAAGCUCUUUCAAUCAAACGACAUUGGCCUUCGGCGAUUUCUCUACCUCAUGAUCAAAGAGAUCUCCCCAUCAUCCGACGAGGUCAUCAUCGUGACAAGCUCCCUGAUGAAGGACAUGAACAGCAAGACGGACCUGUACAGAGCAAAUGCCAUCCGUGUGCUCUGUCGCAUCACAGACGGAGGCCUGCUGGGCCAGAUUGAGCGUUAUCUGAAGCAAGCGGUUGUGGAUAAGAACCCUGUCGUUGCCAGUGCUGCUCUGGUCAGCGGCUUCCACCUUCUCAAGACGAAUCCGGACAUUGUGCGGAGAUGGAGCAAUGAGAUUCAAGAGGCGGUGCAUUCCAAGUCGCCGCUCGUGCAGUUCCAUGCCCUCGCUCUCCUUCACCAGAUACGGCAGAGCGACCGUCUGGCCAUCAGCAAGCUGGUAACCAGCCUCGUGCGAGGUGCUGUGCGCUCGCCGCUUGCACAGUGCCUGCUUGUGCGCUACACCUCCCAGGUGAUCGAGGAGAUGGGUCCCAACAACAACAACGCGCGCCCCUUCUUCGAGUUCCUGGAGAGCUGUCUGCGGCAGCGGGCGGACAUGGUGAUGCUUGAGGCAGCGCGCGCCAUGACGGAGCUCACCGACAUCACCGGCCGCGAGCUCACCCCCGCCAUCACAGUGCUCCAGAUGUUCCUCUCCUCGCCCAAGCCCGUGCUGCGCUUUGCCGCCAUCCGCACGCUCAACAAGGUCGCCAUGGCGCACCCGCAGGCGGUUACCAACUGCAACAUUGACAUGGAGACGCUGAUUUCAGACCCGAACCGGAGCAUUGCGACGCUCGCGAUCACGACGCUGCUCAAGACGGGGAAUGAGGCGAGCGUGGACCGGCUGAUGAAGCAGAUCACCAACUUCAUGUCGGAUAUUGCUGAUGAGUUCAAGAUCGUGGUCGUGGAGGCCAUUCGCUCUCUCUGCCUCAAAUACCCCCAGAAAUACCGUGUCCUCAUGAACUUCCUGAGUGGUAUCUUGCGUGAGGAGGGUGGGUUCGAGUACAAGAAGGCAAUCGUGGACUCUAUCCUCAUUCUCAUCCGGGAGAUCCCUGACGCCAAGGAGAUUGGCCUCUCACACCUCUGCGAGUUCAUUGAGGACUGCGAGUUCACCUACCUCUCCUCGCAGAUUCUGCACCUGCUGGGCAACGAGGGUCCCAAGACGCCAGAGCCGGCGCGGUACAUCCGCUUCAUCUACAACCGCGUCAUCCUCGAGAACGCCACUGUCAGGGCCAGCGCCGUCAGCACCCUUGCCAAGUUCGGCGCGCAAGUGGAAGCCCUUCGGCCUCGGAUUGUCACUCUCCUGCGCCGCUGUCUGUAUGACAACGAUGAUGAGGUGCGGGAUCGAGCAACGCUGUACCUGAACGUGCUGGGGGGCGACGGGCAGGAGUCGGUGGCAGCCAGUGGCGCCAGCGACUUCAUGCUGGAGGCCCUCGAUGUGCCGCUUGUCAACCUCGAGACUGCGCUCAAGCACUAUGAGCCGAGCGAGGCAGCGUUUGACAUCGACAGCGUGCCUAAGGAGGUGAAGGGGCUGCCUCCCGCCAAGGCGGGCGCCAAGAAGGCCGCCAAGGAGGCAGCAGCCGCCAAGGCGGCUGGGGGUGGUGCGUCGGCGUCAGAGGCGUAUGAGAAGCUCCUCAACUCCAUCCCCGAGUUUGCCACCUUUGGCAAGCUGUUCAAGUCAUCAGCGCCAGUGGAGCUGACGGAGGCGGAGACGGAGUACAGUGUGAACGUGGUGAAGCACGUGUUCCCCGCACACAUGGUCUUCCAGUUCAACUGCACCAACACCAUCGCCGAACAGAUGCUGCAGGAUGUCACCGUGCUCAUGGACCUGGCAGAGGCAGAGGAGUUCGAGGAGGUGGCGACCAUUCCGCUCAAGAGCAUGGCAUAUGGCGUGACUGGGCAGACGUUUGUGGCACUGUCGAAGCCAGAGGGCGCGCUGACGCUGGGCAAGAUCACGAACAUCAUGAAGUUCAAGGUGGUCGAGGUGGACCCCAACACGGGCGAUGCCGAGGAGGAGGGUUACGAGGACGAGUACCAGCUGGAAGACCUCGAGGUGUCAUCAGCCGACUAUGUGCGGAAGCUGAGUGUGCCCAACUUCAGAGCAGCAUGGGAGGCCAUCGACCCAUCUCUGGAGCGUGUGGAUGAGUACGGGUUGGGCGUGCGAGACAGCCUGCAGGAGGCAGUAGAGGCAGUCAUCACCAUUCUGGGCAUGCAGCCGUGCGAAAGUAGUGAGAACGUGCCCUCCAACGCGCGCUCGCACCAGUGCCUGCUCGCCGGGACGUUCCCGGGGGAUGUGUCGGCGCUGGUGCGGCUGUCAUUUGGCAUGGAUGCGCAGAAGCAGGUGGCCAUGAAGCUGGCUGCGCGGUCAGAGGAUGUCACGAUCAGCGACCUGGUGCAUGAGAUCAUUGCCAACGCGUAG